UCCCCUUUUAUUCACCACCACAAUAUAGUUUGCGCGCGCGAGAGAAUUGGAAUUAAAAAUCCAAAACAAACACAGAAUAGAAAUACACAAUUUCCCUCUCUCUCUCUCUCAAUGGAAGACGAAAACAACACCUUCGAUCCUGAUCUGAUUCACGCUAUUUUCAAGCUCGUUUGGACCAGAAGAGCCCUCGAGCGAGAACGAAACGACGUCGCUGAUGCUUUGGACUGCGAGGUAGGAGCUGGAACCUCAAAGAAGAAUCGCCAAACAUCUGCUAAUGGGAAAGCAAUAAAGCUGAGUUGUGAACUUCUCCGAAUCUUCAUUACAGAGGCCGUGCAGCGUGCUGCUACAAUUGCUGAAGCAGAGGGUGCUAGUAAAAUCGAAGCAACUCAUUUGGAGAGGAUUCUUCCGCAGUUACUUCUGGACUUUUAAGUGAUGUGUGUACUAACAAUCAGCCUUUGAGAUAAUGACGGAAUAAUGAACCAGACUUUCCUGAAAGGAAAGGGGAAAAGACUGAAAAGCAGAAAGUAAUGUGAAACUUGAUUGGUUGCCUUAGAAAGCACUUCAGUCUUUUCCAAUGGAGGAAAAACUAAAAGCAGAGCAUUUACAUGGAACUUUCAUUUUAUUGAAAUCUAUAAAAUUCUUCUGGAAUGAAUAUUAUAGCCUUCCCUUAAUGCCUAGUGAAGAAGACGUUACCUUGUACUCUCUCCGAGUGAUUUUAGGAUUGGGAAAACAUUCAACACAACUGUCCUAGGGCAUGUGCAUAAUUUUGGACUACAACAUGCUAAUUGCUUUUUUUUCGGAGUGAAAAAAGAAUCUGGAAUAGUGUAUUUUAGAGUUUGCACAAACACACUUCUAAUCUGACUUUUCUGGAGUAAGAGGCUUCUGGUUGGAAGUUAUAAUAGAAUGCCCCUUAGAUAA